GAGAGCGAGCGAAGCUACAAUUCUAGUAUUAUAGUAGUCUCAUCGCACAUGGAUUGAUCCCACACAGAGCCGCAGAGCAGCUUCCUGCCCCCUUCCGCAGCUCAGAUGCCGACGACGCCGACGGGCCGCCGCCCGCCCCCGGCCGCCGUCCUCCUCCAUUGCUGCUGCCUCAUCUUGCUCUGCUGCUGCUGCUUCUUCCCGGCCUGCCGCGCCUUCCCGCUCUGCACCGACGCCAGGGCGCCGCUGCCGCUCAACGGGACGCUCGCCUUCUGCGGCAACGCCCCCGGCGCCACCUGCUGCGACGCCGCCGAUGACGAGGCCCUGCGGGACCAGCUCCGAGCCGCCAACGUCUCCGACGCCGCAUGCGCCGCCGUCCUCAAGUCCCUCCUCUGCGCGAAAUGCAAUCCCUAUUCUGCUGAGCUGUUCGACGCCGGGCCGAAGAUCCGUACGAUCCCGUUCCUGUGCAACUCAGCCUCCUCGGCGACCUCUGCUCAUCAGUCCAAGGAAUCAACAGUACAUGACUACUGCAAGCUAGUCUGGGACACCUGCAAGGACGCGACGAUACUCAACUCCCCUUUCCAGCCUCCCCUGCAAGGUGGUGGGAAGCUGCCUAGCUCAUCAUCGAAGCUCACUGAUGCCUGGCAGUCUGAGAGCGACUUCUGCACGUCGUUUGGUGGCGCGCCCAGCAAUCGGUCCGUGUGCUUCAGUGGGAGCACAGUGUCAUUCAACGCUACCCAGCCUUCGGCGUCUCCGAAAGGGGUAUGCCUAGAGAGGAUCGACAACGGGUCCUACGCCUACCUCAACAUGGUUCCUCACCCUGAUGGGUCUAACAGGGUCUUCCUGGGCACCCAAGCUGGGAAGAUACUGCUGGCAACCGUCCCGGAUCAGGGGUCCGGCGGCACGCUGCAGUUCAGUGAGGCGGGCCUGUUUGUCGACCUGACUGACCAGGUGCAUUUCGACUCGACGUUCGGGCUAAUGGGCAUGGCGUUUCACCCCGACUUCGCGACCAACGGGCGCUUCUUCGCAUCCUACAACUGUGACAGGACAAAGUCACCCAGCUGUUCUGGUAGGUGUUCCUGCAAUUCUGAUGUGGGCUGUGAUCCCUCGAAGCUUGGCACCGAUAAUGGCGCCCAACCGUGCCAGUAUCAAGUCGUUGUGUCAGAAUAUUCUGCUAAAGGCUCAUCGUCAAAUGUUUCUGAGGUAACUUCUGCCGAUCCAACUGAAGUCAAAAGGAUUUUUACCAUGGGGUUGCCUUAUACAAAUAAUCAUGGAGGUCAGAUACUUUUUGGGCCUACGGAUGGAUACCUCUAUCUCAUGAUGGGUGACGGUGGACAGAAAGGAGAUCCUUUUAAUUUUGCGCAGAACAAAAAGUCGCUUCUGGGGAAAAUUAUGAGGCUUGACAUCGACAGUACGCCGGGACUCGGUAAAGUCACUAACCAAAGCUUAUGGGGUAAGUAUUCCAUUCCAAAAGACAACCCGUUCUCCGACGAUAGUGGCUUGGCACCAGAAAUUUGGGCAUUGGGUGUUAGAAACCCAUGGAGAUGCAGCUUUGAUCUUGACAGGCCUUCCUACUUCUACUGUGCAGAUACUGGUCAGGACCAAUACGAAGAGGUUGAUUUGAUCUCCAAGGCCGGAAACUAUGGAUGGCGUAUAUAUGAGGGUCCAUUGGUGUACAAUCCACCGUGGACACCUGGAGGAAACACAUCACUCAAGUCCGUAAAUGUCAUUUCUCCUAUUAUGGGAUACAGCCAUUCUGACGUCAAUAAAAACAUUGGAUCUGCGUCGAUCAUGGGUGGUUAUGUCUACCGAGGAGCCACCGACCCCUGCCUGUAUGGAAGGUACCUGUAUGCUGACCUUUACGCAUCAGCCAUGUGGACUGGCACGGAGACCCCGGAGGGCAGUGGGAACUACACCUCCAGUCUCAUCUCCUUCAGCUGCUCCAAGAACUCUCCCAUCCCCUGUGACAGCGCCGCUGGGAGCCCUCUCCCGUCGCUCGGUUACAUAUAUUCCUUCGGCGAGGAUAACAACAAGGACAUCUACGUCUUGGCAAGCAAAGGCGUCUACCGGGUUGUCCGCCCCAGCCUCUGCAGCUACACUUGCCCGACAGAGAAACCUGAGACGAACAAUGGGAAGGCACCCGCCGGUCCUUCAUCAAAUGCGCCAGCAGCAAUAGGAAUGGGCAUGAAAAUGGGAGCUCUGUUGCUCUCUGCCGCCACGUCCUUUGUUUUGAUGAGAUAGGAGGAUCCUACUACGUCGAUUAUGUCUUGGUAUUCCGUAAGAUCAAUCCUCACAUUUUAGCAUGUAUUAGCAGUACAAUAAUAAGUCAGCAAUAUUUCCUUGUACAGUUAGGAGUAUGAAUCAUGACACAUGGGCCUAUGAGGAUUAGAUUCUGAAACUUAAUAUCAGUCUCUGUAUGAGCAUAAUACCUCGUUAUACAUUAUAUUUUUGAAGCCACUGGGCUUGCAUUCGAUUCC